CACUGAUGAUGCGUUGUGCUGGCAGCUGAAUGUCUGUCGCCGGUUCGGACUCAGAUCGGAUCGUAACCUACACUGAAUUUGAUGUUUGAGGACUUUGCUGUUGUUGUUGUCGGAGGAGAGAGACAUGGGCUCGUGCGCCGUGGAUUCCUCUCAGUGGCUGUCAGUGAAGGAGGAGACGAUCUUCCUCCACGAUGGACUCAUUCGGGUCACGGACCUUGCGGAGCUGCCCAGUGAGAUUGGAGUGUCUGAGCAAGCAGAAUGUGAACAGGAGAUCUUGACCUUUGAGACGAAGAAUCCAGCGGAGCUGUCCGAGCGCCUGCGAGCGAUCUGCGGAAACCAAAGCAAUGCCUACGCGAGACUGUUGGAGUACCGUCUCAAUGCGCUGCGAGGACUCUGGGGCGCACAGCGACAGCUCGCCCUGGAGGAACAACAGGAGCACGAGGGGGCGUCAGGGAGUCAUGGAGGAGCCGAUGACGAGACCGUGAACCUGCUGAAGAGACAGGGCUUCUUACAGCAUCACCACCAUCCUCACCACUCAUCCAUACCCAGCGGCAGCGAUCAGGCGCCCUUUACCUCACGAGUCGGCCUCCUUUUGGUCUUUCCGCUUCUGCAGUCGCAAACCCGACACGACCCGUCGCUCUGCGGCGUCACGGCGGAGGUCCUGCUCGCUUGCCUGCGCGACUGCCAGCCGCUCAGCCUCGGCAAAGAGCCCGUGGACUGUCUGAACGGUCUGGAGAGGUUACUGUGCUCCUGGCUGGAGGGAGGAAACGAUUCGGAGGGUUCGACACAGGGACGCCCGCUGCUCACCCAGCAGCAGAGACAGAAUGCUGCCGCUGCGCUGGUGGCUUUAGCAUGUGCCCGGGGAUCUCUCAAAACGUUCAUCCAUACGGUCCACCUGCUGCAAAAACAGACAGACCUCGGUCAACUUCCUGUAGCUGAUGUUCUCUAUAGACUGUUGCUGCUUGAGGGAGGUCCAGGCUCACCCUCCUGUUUAUUAGGAGGUAAACACAGUGUAUCAUGGGGUUUUGAGGACAUGUUGCCCACCCCAGAGAGCAGUCCUGCAGGAGCCGACACCAAAGAUGCAGACCUGGGCCGCAGUCUGGCUACAGAUGGUUUCUAUCUCUACACAACAAACUCUUUUGGGAAGGGUUUAAGCAAGCUGGGCUCUGGGCUGCAUGGGACAUUAAGGGGUUUUGUGUACUGUCGGAAUGAGGAGUUGGAGGCCGGCUGGGUGGCGUACAGCAGUGGUUAUUUACUUCAUCGUCCUGCAUCCUUUGACACUAAACCUCAUCAGCUGUGUCAGAUCAUCGACCCCUUCACACUGCAGGUUUCACAGGUGGUAGCGAUGCCCCCUCAUCACUUCCCAGCGGGCAGCAGUCUUACCACACUGCGUUUGUGUUCAGAUGGCACGUAUCUCUACUGGGUGUGGUCACCUGUCAGUCUUAAUGAGAAGACUCAGAAAGGGCACUCGGUUUUUAUGGACGUCUUCCUGCUGGUGACCGAGUCUGCUGUGUGUGUGGCCAGUCCGAUACAAGAUCGAGUGAUUCUGUCACGGAAGGAAGGGGAAUCAUCGAAGUGUUUGAAUGAAUUACUUUUGAGUCGCAUGUCUCGCUUUCGAGCAUCUCACUCGUCCACACUGGCAGCACUCACCGGCUCGGCCAUCACAAACCCUGUCAAAGAGGAGCAGUCUGUGGUGAACACCAGCUGUGGUCUGCCUAUAAAAACGCUGAGGAAAAGUCCGAUGUAUGUGUGUGGUAGUUACCUGGUGAUCCUGGCACCGGCUCCGGGUGUAGCUGGUGGUUCUGCCACCCGUUCACUGUUCGGGGGCUCCAGUGGUCUUUCAUCUCUGAAGAUCUUGGCAUCUAGUUUAGUCUUUAACCUUGCCGAUGGUCAGUUCAGCAACCGUGCAGACCUGAUCGAUGCUCCAGGAAGUUCUUUGGGCCGUGGGGCUCAGGUGGCAGGACUGGGAGCGUGUUACGAUGCUCUUAACAAUUUAAUCUGGACUUGCUCUGGUGACUACAUGGACCAGUGGUGUAACCCUGGUAACCAGGCCUUCCAUCACGUGUGCCAGCGACUCGGCGUCAGUCACAUCAUCAGACAGCCUAAAGAGGAAAUGAUUGACACGUCUGAAGUGAUAAACCAGCUCCUCCAUCACGUCGGUGCGAUGUGCAUUCAUCAACUGAACGCGCUGGCGGCCAGCAGCGCUUUACACCUCAACACCUUUAUAGGAAAACAGCCCAUGGAAGCGUGUCACUUCAGCGCCAUCUGCGACAUCAUGGAAAGAGCCAUGGUAAAGGGAGACACCUGCAUCAUACGCUGCAUUCUGGUCGUCUUCCAGGUGGUGUUUCAGUUCUUCAAUCCAAACUGUGAACAGAACCGUGAGAGCAUCAGACGUUCGGGACUCUUGCUUUGGCAAUUACUGAUGGCACCUUUGGAUCAGAUCAAAUCAGAAAUCCAGAGAGAAGUGUGUCUCGCUAUCAGCUCGGGUUUGAGUACCUUGUACCAGAGCGAGACAGAACUGAACAAUUUGCUGAAAUUAGUUUUCACUGAAGGUGAACGUAACACAGGUUUGUCUCAGUUACGUGAUGUUAUAUUAAACAACCUCGCCAACCAGCUACAGAAGAACCGCUUUGGUAGUGAAGAUGAAGAUCACUACAGGCUGAAAGAUGAACUGUUGCAGUGUAUACUGAAGACUGUAGUACGCGAGUCAUGUCUCCUCAUCACCAAAUGUCAGACCGUUUCUAAAGAAGACCUCCAGACGCUUCUCUCAACGGUGCCUGUGGCUUCUCCGAGCUUACGUUAUUUAAUGGCUGUUCAGAAUCAUUUACUCAGUAACACCGUCCUGCUCCACCCUGAUGAUGGUGAUGACAGUGACAGUUCUUUACAGGGUGAAACAAUGAAGGUACAGGACCUGCAGACGAGUAUCCUCUCUCUGGCUUCAAAAGUUCUGGUUGGAUGCGAUGAGGUGCUGGAGACACUUCAGCAGGUCACAAACGCUCUGAUCAACAGCACAGUCACCGAUCGUGAGGCCAGACUGAGAGGACUUGAACAGGUGACAAAGGCCACGAUGUUGGGCCACCUGCUGCCGGUUCUGUUGACCUCACUGAUGCAUCCAAACCUUCAGACGCUUACGCUGGCCGACGCGCUGAUGCCUCAGCUAGUUCAGCUGGUUCUCUACACCAGUCAGACGGCUUUACUGUUGAAGACACAUUCACCAGUGUUUGUGGAUGAUUCGCCCGUUAACCAGAGCUCCAAACUACCACCGUCACAUGACAGUUACCAGAUCCUGGAUGAAAGGGAGGAGCCAGGCUUUCUUACCGGUCUCAAGAUUCCUGCCCCAUGGGCUGCUGGGAAAACGGUGGAAACUCUUCAUCCAGUGAGAGAUAACUACAAAUUUAAAGACACGGUGCACAUCCCUGGAGCUCGCUGUCUGUAUCUGCGCUUCGACCCACGCUGCUCCUCUCAAUACGACUAUGACAAGCUGGUGAUUUACGCCGGACCCAACACAAACAGUCGUAAAGUGAGCGAGUACGGAGGAAACACUAUGGGUUAUGGAAGCCGCAGUGUUUUGGGAACUGGUUGGCCUAAAGAUCUGGUGAAGGUUGAAGGAGAUACUGUGACGUUCUCUUUCGAGAUGAGAAGCGGCCGUGAGCACAAUACUCCAGAUAAAGCUAUGUGGGGUUUCUCCUGUACUGUACGAGCACAGGAGUCUUCAGAAGAUGUUUCUGGCGGUCUUCCGUUCCUGGCUGACCUCGCUCUGGGUUUAUCAGUGCUGGCCUGUGCAAUGUUGCGUAUCCUCUACAACGGUCCUGAGAUCACACGAGAGGAGGAGGCCUGUCAUGAUCUACUGUGCUCGAAACUUCUGCAGAGGUGUCAGUGGCAGGUUGAAGCUAAUGGUGCCAUAUCUCCUGCCCUCACGCCCUCCCCAUCUCCACUCCCCUUAACCAUCGACGAGGAGAGAGAGUUCACCUAUCCGUCAGACAUCCUCGUACCUCCGCCCGGCCUCGCGCCAGGGACCAGCUGUGAACUACCCCGCAUACACUUGCCGCCGGGCAUUAUUGGCCGUCUCAGGGAGCUGUCCGGCAGGGCCCGUCCUCAGUUCCGCCCCAGCAUCAAGGAAGUGAUCCGUCCUGAUGUUAUGGAGGAAGUCAUCGUGUCGUGUGUCAUCAAGCAUUUGGGUCUGGUAGAUGCCCUCCAGUCGCUGAUGAACUUCCAGUACAGAGAAAUGCACAGAGAGGAGCACAACCUGCUAUGCAAGAUCAUGGCCGAGACCUUCAAGAAGAUCAAUGCCAUGGAGAGACAGUUACAGACUGUUGCUGAGCUGGAGCAGAAGUGGCAGAAUGAGGUGGAUGAAGCUCAUCAAGGGAAACUUGAGAACAACGCGCCUUUCUUUCAUGACUACCACUUCUAUGAGAAUAAAAUAAAGGAGCUGGAGCUUCUGUGUUCUCUGAAGGAGGUGCCGCUGGACUGCACGGACCCGGAGAACGGCGUGACGGCUUUGAGAGAGAAGUUCUUCCACGAGGCAAACACCACACAACAGAAAACAUCCGUUCCGCUGGCUAAAACUAAAGCGCUUAUAAAAAGCUUGAACAACCGAUCGGAGCUGCUGUUACAUGUGACCAUAGCACCACAGUGCAAAAGUCUGUCUUCCACACCAACAUGUGCUCCAGCCUCCAAAUCUGUAUCAGACGCUAAAUCAAUACUUCCUGUGGCUAAGCAGCCUGUGUUCCUGCGCAGCAUGUCUGCACCCUCAGAUCUGGAGAUGAUCGCCAACAGUGACGUGGAGUUCACACACGGGACUCAGAGGAGGCGACUUCAUCCCUCCAGCCACAGGAGCAGUUCCUUCACACUUCUCCAGAGUCUGGCCAUUGAAGACGGCAAAGACAAGACCACAUACAGCGUUCUGCUGGGUCAACUCUUCGCUUUCAUCGGGACCUCUCCAGAUCAGGCCGUGUCCAGCAGCAGCUUCCUGUCGGCCGCUCAGACGCGCUGGCGCAGGGGUCGCACACGCAAACAGGCUCUGGUUCACAUGAGAGAGCUCCUCACUGCUGCCGUCCGUGUGGGAGGAGUCACACACCUGGUUGGCCCUGUUACUAUGGUGCUGCAGGGCGGGCCCAGAAUCGAGGAACUGACCUGCGGGGGUAUGAUGGAGCAAGUUCAAGAGGCUUUUGGAGAAACCAUGACAUCAGUUGUGUCUCUCUGUGCCCGCUAUCCCAUCGCCUGUGCCAACAGCAUCGGCUUGCUAUGCACCAUCCCAUAUACGAGGAGUGAGGAGCAGUGUCUCGUCCGCAGCGGUUUGGUUCAGCUGAUGGACAGAUUGUGUAGUCUGAGCAGUCAAAGAGACUGCAGCUCCAAUGAAAAACAAACCAAAAAACAAAAAGUAGCUGCUAUGGCUUGGGCCGCAUUUCAGGUGCUCGCCAACCGCUGCAUUGAGUGGGAGAAAGUGGAAGGAGGCUCAACAGACGCAGUACAUUCUGGACUGGCACGUCAGGUGUCUAGCUUACUAACAAAUCACCUGGCUCGAGCGACGGACUGCUGUGGGAACCAGGCGGCGGGGAAUGACGCCCUGCAGGAUGUCCUUAGUUUACUCAAUGAUCUGUCCAGGAGUCACAUCGGCAAGACUAUUCUGAGUCAACCUGCCUGCGUGUCCAAGCUUCUCUCACUGCUCCUGGAUCAGCGGCCGUCGCCCAAGCUGGUUCUGAUAAUCCUGCAGCUGUGUCGCGCCGCCCUACCGCUCAUGAGUGUGGAGGAUUGUGGGAAUGUUGCACUUCCCUCCUGGAGCUACUCCACAAACGCCCUGGAUGCCGAACAGCAAGAUGCCAGCGAUCCAGCUUUCCGCAUCGCCUCUCUGCUGCUGGCCAAACUGGCAGACUACGUGGUGCCUGGCUGUCAGACACUGUUGUCCCCCAGUGCCUCUGAGCCAGACACCAGUCUUACCCGUUCCUGCCCCAAAAGCAGCGCCAAGACGGACAGAGAUGCGGGUGAAGAGGGCGAGGCGGUGGAUGGCAAACUUUCCAUUUUCAUCCAUAAGAGAGAAGACCAGUCAUCCCAUGAGGUGCUUCAACCCUUACUGAGCAGUUCGGAGGGACGGCCAUUCCGUCUGGGCACUGGGGCAAACAUGGAGAAGGUGGUGAAGAUGGAUCGAGACAUGACAAAGAGCGGCUGCUGUGAGGUCAUCACAGAGGAAGCCUCUUCUGCUCUACGUAAAGCUAAUAAGUGGUCUCAGUCUGGACUUAUAGUGAGUGUGGGACCUCCGGUGGAGAGCAACAGUCAGGAGAACACUGGAGGAUCCACCACAGGAGACAAGAAGAAAACAGCCCAGUCUACAGUGUGCAGAGAAAGAAACGCUGAACUGGCUCGAUCAGAUCCAGUACGGCCCUUCAUCAGUGGUCACGUGGCUAACAGCAUGGCAGCUGAGGUCAUUGCUCUUCUACACAGUCUCCUGACGGCACCCGAGUCCAACACGGCUCAGAUAUGGACCAGCACUGCAGAGAAAGUAUUGUCCAGGGCACUGAUGUUUAUUCCUCAGUUGGGAAAGUAUGCAGAGAGUAUUCUGGAGAAUGGCAACAGCAGUGGCAGAAAGUUGGCUAAGCUGCAGGCGAUUGGACGACAGGCUGUGGCGGCUCUCUGUGCGUUGGGUGGAUUCAAGGAAACCAUAAAGAUCGGUUCAGAAGUCCAAGUGGUUGGUACAGGUGUGUUGGACAGUGUUGGUGUGGUCAUAUCCAUCAAUGAACAGGAAGGCAUCGCCACAGUCAAGUUUCCAUCCUGCGAGUAUCGGCGCUCAAGCCAAGCAUCUGAUGUGCUGACUGUACCGAUCUCUCGACUUUGUACUCCCCGCUCGGAGGCUCUGCCGCUACACAAGCUGUCCAUCACAGAGAAGGUGGUUCAGGCGGUUCAGUCCAUGCUGCUGCCACAGGAGGGCAGUCUGUCCAUCCACACGUCCCUACCUGCGUCUGGAGACGGGUCUAGUCCAGUCAUGGCUGUGGUUCGUCUUCUGGCCGAGAUCAGAACAAGGGCGUGUCUGGUGAUGGCACAGUUACUGGAGGACAGCUCAUUCUGUGAGGAGUUUAUUCAACAAUGCCCUGCAGCUGUGGAAGUUCUCAAUCUGAUAGCUCAAGAGUGCAGCCCAGGAGAGCGCCUGUGCGUGGUCGAGGCUCAAUGUGAGAGGGUUCGAAUGCUGUAUCGAGACUGCGCUCGUCCUCCACCACCUCCCCUACAGACGGAUCAACGUCAGCCGAAGGAGAUCACAUGGUGUCCAUCACGUGUCUUCCCGCCAGUACGUGCCUGUAUGUUCUCAUCACACUUGACCUCUGUUACCUUCCUGGCCGAUCCGAGCGCAGGUGGAGGACUUCCCAGAGGAACGUUCAUCUACGCCACCUCACCUGUGCCAGUUCAGGCUCCUUCGUUUUACUGGGAGAUUGAGAUAAUUUCUUACGGAGAUUCUGAGGAUGAUAGCGGUCCUAUAGUUUCAUUUGGAUUCUCCCCAGAGGCAGAGAAGAGAGACGGGGCUUGGACCAAUCCUGUGGGCACCUGUCUCUUCCACAAUAAUGGUAGAGCUGUACACUAUAAUGGUUCCAGUUUGCUACAGUGGAAGAGUGUAAGGCUGGAUGUAGCUUUACUUCCUGGUGAUGUUGCAGGUAUAGGUUGGGAACGUUUGGAAGGAACGCCGCCCCCUCCUGGACAGCCGCCUAAGGGGAGGGUGUAUUUCACUUACUGCGGUCAACGUCUCACACCUUACCUGGAAGACGUAGCUGGAGGCAUGUGGCCUGUCGUCCACAUUCAGAAAAAGAAUACGAAGAUUCAUGCCAACUUUGGCUGCCGUUUGUUUGCGUACGCGGAGGGGCAGGCGCACCGCAAUGCCGCCGAUCUCUGCAUGGACCUGUCAGAAGAAAUCAGUGCCAAUUUCGAGGCUUUACCCUUUGCCAUGGCAUCAGACAGCGACAAUGAUGCUGGGACCAGCGUGGCAUCUGACUCGGGCUCUCACGGGCCUCCGUGUCGAAUCGCUUCGGUUGUCACAGCACAACAGCAGUACAACACAGAUGCAUCUUGUCACUAUAAGGUAGAGCUGAGCUAUGAGAAUCUGGUGGUGUCAGGACCAAAUACUCAUCCUCCACCAACUGCUGAUGAUGACAGUGAUGAUGAAGAUGAUGAAGAUGUUCCCAGGGAGGAUCAUUAUGCCUUGUUAGUAAAAGCCUGGGAAACCAAGGUUUUCCCAACCAUUCGGCGUCGUUUCAGGAAUGAGGCGGAGAGGAAGUCCGGCCUGGAUCAGAUCAAAGGAGCUCUGCAGCUGGGUAUGGUUGACAUUGCACGUCAGACUGUGGAGUUCUUAUACGAGGAGAACGGUGGAGUUCCUCGUGAUCUUUACCUUCCAACCAUCGAGGACAUCAAAGAUGAGGCCAAUAAGUUCACCAUCGACAAAGUCCGCAAAGGUCUGACGGUGGGCAUCCGGUGCCCUGAGGGUAACAACACCUGCAGCACAGGUGGCACAGCCUUGCCCAAGUUUGCCAUCCGUGGCAUGAUGAAGACAUUCAGUUUGCAUGGAGUCGUGCUGGAUGUUGACUCUUCAAAUGAACUGGUCCAGGUGGAGACGUACCUGCGGAGUGAAGGUGUGUUAGUCAGGUACUGGUACCCCAUUGAGAUGCUGGAGAGACCUCCGGCAGGUUCACGCAGAGCUGCGGCAAAUGGCCUGGUGUCUCUAGACAGCAGCAACAUACAGAUCCACAGGGAACUGCUGCGAUGUGAAAGUGCUCUUGCGCGUCUCUACUGUCGCAUGGCUUUGCUCAACAUCUUUGCCCCAAAGAGUCCUCACACAUUCACACGACUCUUUCACAUCCCUGCUGUACGUGACAUCACCCUUGAGCACCUGCAACUAUUAUCCAAUCAGCUGCUGGCUCCGCCUCUACCAGAUGGAAGUAUCAGCUGUAACUCAAUCCUCCUCGCUCAGUCUGUUCUUCGUGAGCUUCAGGGUCAGAGCUGUUCGCCCACCGACCUCUUCUAUCAGGGUCACGCUCAGAGUAUCCGCGAAUGGCUGACGGUGGCCAUCAGUCGAGCCCUUCAUCAAGGCGAGGACAGUCUUCUGGAGCUCACCAAACAAAUCUGCUGCUUUCUGCAGAGCGCUCCUGAGCAGUUCACACUGGAAGAGUUUCCCAUCAGCGAAUCAAAGGUCAGCAUGGACGUCAACUUCCCUGGUGCGGCUUUCGUGGUUGUCUCGUGUAAAGAGAGUCAGCUGGGCUGCCGCAAAGAUUCCUCUCUGUAUAAGGCUCCUUGGGCUCGUGUCAUGGUUUAUGGGCUCGGUCAUAAGGUGCGUCGAAAUGGCCAGCUGAAUCUAAUGGAAGCAGUGUGUUACCCACUGGAUGCCUCUCCAUCCAACACAGGACUCACACCUCCUCCCACAGCCAACCAGUAUCCCAGCAUCAUCAUCCCCACUGACAAAGUGCACGUCAAACUUGGUGUGUCUCCCCCUCCUGGUGCGGUGCUGGUAUUACACUCUCUACCACUUGACUUUCCAUUGGCUAUGGCUUUUGCUGAGCAGCUUCUGACCUACAGUAUAGGAGAAGCUAGCGAGCGCUCUGAGGAUGAGCUGGACACCGUACCCACUUCUGUGCUGCUUCAAGUCGUUGAGUUGUUCGGUGGGCUUCUGUGGACAACUGAUCUUGCUCCUUGUAUCAAGGAGUUGAUCUUCCACUUGCUUGCAGAGCUUCUUCGCAAGAUCCACUCUUUUGAGAGACUUAAAAGCCCCUCAGCGCUGUCCAGCCCCAUUACGCUGUUUCUGAACCCCUGCUUGACGGUGCUCGUAGUUCUCCAGACAGAACUACGAAAGCUUUACGAUCACGAGACUCAGAGCUGGGGGCCAAGCGGUUCCUGCACGUCUUCCUCGGGUGGUGGCGGGGCGGUGGCCCUGGUUGGCGAGCGGAGCCGCUUUUCGACCUACUUUCAUGCGCUGAUGGAGGUGUGCCUGGCGGUAGCUGAGGUGACUUUGAGCACAGGGCCGGGUGCGUCAGGAGUGGGAGCCCCGUCGUCAACCGGCACCGCCAACUUGAGCGACUCUUCAUCCUCUUCCUCAUCCUCCCCAGGACAGACGCCCCAGAGUCCAAGCUUGCUGUCAAAACGCAAAAAAGUAAAGCUGAAGCGCGAUCGGGUCUCAGGGAAGCAAGGGUCUGGCGGCGGCACAAGACCAUCCGACAGUGAAAACGCUUUGCUAAACAUAACCGGAGGGAAGCCGGAGGACAUGCUGUGGUUCCACCGUGGCUUGACUUUACUUUUGAUUCUACGGCAUCUAACUAAUAAAGACCCGCAGGGCUUGGGCGUCACCGGGGAUGCCGUCACAGACGCCUGCCAAGCUCUGGUGGGAUCCACCGCUCACAGUCGCUUGCUGGUGCUCUCAGGCAUCCCGACUCACCUGGAGGAAGCCGUGGUACGGAACGCCAUCCGAAGGGCUUGUAACGCGCAUGGUGGUCUCUUCAAGGACGAGAUGUUUAUUCCAGUUCAGGAGGAGGAACCUAAAAAGCCCAAAGCUGAAACUGUGGCUGUUACCCAAGACUCAAAGAGAGAUCUUCCCACCACAGGAAGCCCAAACAGCAACAACGUGACCUCCAUGAGCUCCUCUGCUUCCACCAGUCAGAUUUCCAGCUCUCUUCAUGAUGCAUCCAUGCCGAUUGACCAGGAGCCGCUUUUAGCUCCGGUAACUCCUCAAAGUGGCCCUUUACAACCUCAAGGACCUCCAGAUCCUCACACAGUUUCCAGUCAGGAGAGUUUGGAUGUUUCCCUCUGUAGCACAGGAAGUCAAGGGAGCCUCGGCAGUCUCGGCGAGCAGCUAGAGAGCGGUGCCACGUCCAUCUCAGACGGAGGUUCUGUAUAUACCGUUGCCUCUCCGGACGUCAGUGCCAGCGUGACGCGACCCAUUAAAGGCUACGCUGUCAUAGAGGUAAGAGCCCGGGCUCAAGUGGAGAAGAUCCGUGCCAGUCUUUUUAAUAGCAGUGAUCUCAUUGGCCUUUCCAAUUUGGAGAGGGAGGAGGAGCUAAUGGAGAUGACCAAUGAGGAGAUCCUAACCGCCUCAAGUGUCAAUCAAAGUCUGUUUGACACACAAGGCAGUUCUGCCCUGGAGGAAUAUUUCCUUGAUAAGUCUAUCAAAGGAGAUAAACUGGUUCCCAGAGCACGUGACGUCCUCACAGAUAUUUUCAAGACCUGCGUAUACGCAGAGCAAAUGCAGAGCCUCGUGCCAACUAAACCAGGGAAAGUAUCAGACAUUUAUCUGAGCAAAGAGCAAAUCAACUCUCCGGCACCCGGUAACCUCCUGCACGUAUUCUUUACACACGUACGGCCGCCCAAGAAAGUGCUGGAAGAUCAACUCACACAGAUUUUACGUAAAUAUGGCACAGUGAAGCCUAGCAAGAACAAACACAGUAAAGCAGGUAAAGAACAGCACCAGGGUAAAGUGGUCAGUACUAAGAGACCCAUCACUAAACCUUCAACCAAAGAGAAAUCCAUGUUGAACAGCGUUCGAACUGUAUUAAGUGAAAAGAAAACCGUCCUGAAGCCCAAAUCUCCUGAGAAAACCAAACCUGAGGAAAAAGAUCCAGAAAAAUCUCCUGCCAAAAAGCUUGAAGUGCCAGAAGAAAAGUUCCUGACACUGGAGGGUUUCCACAAGUUUACUUUAGAUCGAGCCAAACAGGACAUUCGCAGUGUCUGGCGGGCCAUACUGGCCUGCGGUUAUGACCUGCACUUUGAAAGAUGUACAUGUAUCGACUCACGUCACGCUCAGAAAGCCAGCAGAAAAUGGACCUUUGAGAUGGACGUCGCACUUGUCCAGUUUGUGAACCGCCUCUGCCGACAGCUGGCCAUUACACCCGCUCGCCUGCAUUCUCAUGAAGUUUACCUGGACGUCAAGGAUGCUCCUGAUCCUCAGGUCGCAUGCUUAUUAGGUGUCCCGGUGGAGAGCUUGCGAUUGAGAUUUGCUCUGCUGCAGUCCCUCAACAGCACGCUGGAAAGCUUCUUCCUGCCUCUCAUAGAGCUCAGACAAACACCAAACUAUCAAAACAGCAUCGCAACACUUCUGUGUGAGACCAAAGGUCUUAUUUUUUAUGACACCAAAGUGACAGUAAUGAAUCGGGUUCUGAAUGCGACCGUGCAGCGAACCGCAGACCACGCUGCUCCUGAAAUCACCCUGGACCCGCUGGAGAUAGUGGGAGGUGAGACACGUGCUGCUGAAAACACAUACUUCUGUCAGGCAGCGAGGCAGCUGUCCAGCGUCCCCUCAUCUCAACUGUGCGUGAGGAUUGCCAGCGGUGGAGACCCAACCUACGCCUUCAACAUCCGCUUCACUGGAGAAGAAGUGCACGGCACCAGUGGCUCAUUCAGGCACUUCUUAUGGCAGGUGUGCAAAGAGCUUCAGAGUUCGGCCCUGUCUCUGCUCCUGCCCUGCCCCAGUGCCGCAGCUAACCGCAACAAGGGAAAGUUUAUCCUGACCCCCUGUCCCAUCACUUACGCUGAGGAGCAGCUUCUUCAUUUCUUCGGCCAGCUGCUGGGCAUCGCCAUCCGGGCAGAUGUUCCUCUACCUCUGGAUCUGCUCGGAUCCUUCUGGAAGGGUCUGGUCGGUGAAGCACUGGACCCAGAAUCGGACUUUCAGGAAGCUGACUUGCUCACAUACAACUACAUCAACAAGUUUGAGAAUGUGGUUGAUGAGGCGGAGCUGGAGGCAUUGUGUGCUGAGGUGUCAUCACAGGGUCACGUGAGCGAGAGCCCCGAAUCACCGGGUCGCCCCAGCUGCAUCUUCACCUACAUCACCAUGACGGGAGAGGAAGUGGAGCUCUGCCAGGGCGGCCAUGACAUCGCCGUGAGCUGGGAGAAUAAAGAUAUGUACGUGCGAGCGGUCCGUGACUUACGCCUGCGUGAGCUUCAGAACGUGGAGUGCAUGUCUGCUGUACGAGCCGGUCUGGGCUCCAUCAUACCACUGCAACUUCUUACAUUACUGAGUCCUGCAGAGAUGGAGCUGCGCACCUGCGGCCUACCCGAAAUCAACCUGGAGUUUCUCAAGGCUCACACCAUGUAUCAGGUGGGGUUGAUGGAGACGGAUCAGCACAUCGAAUUCUUCUGGGCGGCUCUUGAAAUGUUCACUCAGGAAGAGCUCAGCAAGUUUAUUAAGUUCGCUUGUAACCAGGAGAGGAUUCCCUUCACCUGUCCCUGCAAAGAUGGAGGUCCAGACACUGCUCACGUUCCUCCGUACCCCAUGAAGAUCGCUCCUCCUGAUGGGGCAGUAGGUUCACCAGACUUGCGCUACAUCCGCGUGGAGACCUGCAUGUUUAUGGUAAAGCUGCCGCAGUACUCCACCCUGGAAGUGAUGCUGGAGAAGUUACGCUACGCCAUUCAUUACCGUGAAGAUCCUCUCAGCGGUUAAACUGAGAAUCACCACACAACCUUAAGCCAUUACACACCAGGUGUCAGUCUGUUUUUAAUGAAGAGGGGCUGAGAACAGCCAAACAAACUUGCCUUCACGCAGAGGAACGGCAGCGAGUUUGACUGCAGCUUGUGGUGGAUGAAAGGCUUUUAUAUAAUAAUGUACAUAUAUGCUGUUCAAACAGAUGAAAGAUGUGAAGAGCUUCACCUGAUUCUCUCGGCUGUUUAAUUCUCUCUGCGUCUCGGUCACUGUUAUCUUCUCCGUAUUACUGACGGUGAUUGUUGACGCACCUUCAUUCAGGUAGAAGCUCAUUUUAGCUUUAUCAAAGAAAUGAACUUUGGGUUGAAAAGUUACCUGCGGGUUUUGAUAUACAUUUGAGUGAAUCUCAACAAAAACCUGUGAGGAACACGUUUGGGUCAUAUUUCACCCCAAAUCAUCAGAGAAUAAGAUCAUACACAGCAAAAAAUGAUUUUAUUACUUAGUAUUUUUGUCUUCUAUUUAUUACAAAUAUCUAAACAUUCUUAAAUCAAAGCUUGAUGAGCAAAAUGACCUAAGAAAAUAAGUAGUGCUGCCUCACGAUUAGUCGCGACUUAUCGUUUGCAGAAUAAAAGUUUUUUUUACAUAAUAUAUGUGUAUGUAUAUAAUUAAGAAACAUUUGCAUGUGUAUAUACAUGUUUAUAUUUAUGUAUAAUCUAUAUAUAAAUAUAAAUAUUUAUUAUAUAAAUAUAUUUUUUUCUUAAAAUGAUACAUGUAUGUGUGUGUAAUUAUAUAAACAUAAUUAUUAUACACUGUACACACACAUAUAUUAUGUUAAAAAAAACUUUUAUUCUGUAAACGAUUAGUCGCGACUAAUUUUGAGGCAGCACUAAAAAUAAGACUAGGUUUUAGACUAAUAAAAUACAAUUAAGUGAAUUUGUGCUUAAAUUUUUUUUUUUUUUUUUUGCUCGUUUUAAUCACAAAAUUACUUACUUUUUCUAUUUUUUGUCUAAAUACUAGAUUUUUUUCUUAGGUCACUUAUCAAGCAAAUACAUCUUGAUUUAAGAAUUUUUAGACAUUUGUACUGAAAACAAGAUAAAAAUACUAAAUAAGAAAGUCAUUUUUUGCAGUGUUAUUUACAAGGAAAUUUCAUUGAAUGAUAAUUAAGCACAUUCACAGCAAAAAAUGACUUUCUUACUUAAUAUUUUUGCUUGUUUCCAGUACUAAUAUUUACAAAUUCUUAAAUUAAGAUUUAAAUAUUUACUUGAUUAAUGACAUAAGAAAAUAAAUCUAGUAUUUAGACAAAAAGCAUAAUAUUUAAGCGCAUUGUGCUUAAAACGAGCAAAAAAAUCUGCCAAUGAGGUAAGAAAAAAAAUCUUGAAAUAAGUUUACUUUUUUCCUUAAACAAUUAAUUCAAUAAUUUUUUUACCCAAUCAGCAGAUUUUAAAUAUUUGUUUUAAGAACAAAUUCACUUAAAUGUUUAAUUUUUUGCUCAUCAAAAAAUGCAUCUUAAUUUAAGAAUUUUUUUAUAUUUGUACUGACACAAGACAAAAAUACUAAGUAAGAAAGUCAUUUUUGCAGUGUUAUUACUGAUGUGUCUGGGUGAUGUUAUUCUCAGUAAUGUUUUUUAUUAGUUCAACAGUGUUUUUUGUCAGUAUGUUUAUGAUAUUUUAUUUCAUUACAGCUGAUAAGAAUGAGGAAGUUGCUUGACGUGACAAGUCUUUGCUCAAUUUGCUCCAGACUUGUUCGUAACGCGUUUGUGAGAUUCGCUCAUCUUGAAAUAGUUUUUCCUUUCUAUAAAAGCAGCCGCUGAUGCUAUGAACUCAAUCCAGGAGCUAUAACGCCGCAUGUGGUCCAGCAUACAUAGCAAGAUUGCUAAGACACAAAUAUCUGCUUAUAUUGUUAAAGGUGCAAAUGCUGUUUAAGUCCGUUACAGGCUAUAGAAAUAUAAAACACAUUCAAGUGAUUUCAGAUGAGAUGUUUGCAGUGUGCCGUUUGUCAUCUUUUUAUUUUUUAUGCUGUUCAGUUUGUGAAUCUCAGUUGCCAAACUAACAUUCAAACCCUUAAAUCUUUUUUUUGGUUGCCAACUAUAUUACACCAUAUAUCUGUACUGCAGUCUGUUUGGUUUUAUUGCUUACAUGGGAUGAUUUUUGCCAUCAUAGUUUCAUAAAGCAUGAAAAUCUUAAUUUUACUAAUGCAUUUGUUUCUUUGAAAUGGCUGCAUUUCAUCUGCCUAAAAAAGAGAAAAAGGUUUAAAAAAUUUCAAUUUAGUUUGAGUUUUUUAAUUUUUAUUUUUUGUGUCAGCCUCUAAAGUUUUAAAUUUGGAUGUUCUUUAUAGGAUUUACACAAUGGUGUGUUGUAAAUCAGUUGUAUUAUGAAUUAUUUCUGGUGAAUGAGUUGAGUAAUGUGUAGACAUCAUUACAAACACAUCUGAUGCUAUUAUAGAUCUAUUGCAGUGCAUUGAACAACAUCAACAGUACAUCACUAGGUGCGCGUGCGUGUGUGAGUGAGUGAGUGAGUGAGUGAAUGAGUGCGCGUGCGCGUGUUCGCUAUGGUUAACUGCUGCUAGUCUCAUACAUUUCUCGCUGUAUCUCGGGUGAAGAGUUGGACAUGUCGAUGUAAAAAAACAUCCGCACAAGAAGCCGAAUGCAGUGAAAUACAUGUUGUAUAUUUAAUUGAUGAUAUUUAUUACAGUUAUUUAUGAUUGCAUUCAUAUGAGUCUUACCUCUGUGCAUCUGCUGUCUGAACGAAUAUACAGAGGUGACGAUCAACUCAGUUGUUCUGUCAUCAUAAUAAAUUAUUGAUGUAUUACACAA